ACCCAGGGAUUCAGAGAUCGGCUCUGCGGUAGGUUUUCCUAGCUCCAGGUAUAUACCACGAGGCUGCACAAUGCUGCACAUCCGGUUCUGUCCACCACAGAGCCGGGCUCACCAUGGCAGGUGAGGCGCCCCUCAGCCCGUCGCAAGUAAGAAGAGAUGGACGAUGGCGACCCGUCAGACACAAGACUGCUCCAAGUAUCAGACCACUCCCUCGCACCUCCGACCCCCAACGAAGGUCAUCGCUCAGAGCAGUGUUGAAGCGCAAGCCGUUAUCGACCAUCAGCGAGGACAAAUCGCCCUCGCUGAAAAGUAACAGCACAGUCAGCCUUAGGCUCAACAUCGCUCUACCAUACCAGUCGUCCGUAUUUUCUCACUCCUCCGACCACCUGCUCUACUUUCAGCCAAGUCAACAGUUGCAGAAUUUACAGUCGGUCAGUUUUCAUUGUACUGAUGAAGCAUACGAAUCCAUGCCGAGACUAUACCGGACACAAAGCCAAUGGAAAACAUCGCCAAUAAGAUACUAUCAAUUGAGCGAUACCCCAGUCAUCCAAAGAUUGAUGGUCCAUGACAUGGAUGCGUAUGAGACGCACUCGGAGUCUGGAGGAAGCCCCACAACUGCUAGGGAGGAUUUACCACGAGAGGCGAUUGCCGAUCUUUUCCACAGAGUCGAAGCAUACGAACGAGAACACCCAGAAGUUGUCAGAGAUUCCGGGAAAGUCUGGGUCCGUGUCAACUCAGUCGGUCACGGCCUGACCAAGACCUUCAAAACGAUGAGUUCGCUACGCAAGAAGCAGACCUUCGAAGCACGCAUAGGACAUAGCGUAGCUGUGCAGUCUCAGCUGAGGGUCUAUGAGAAGCCAUCGGGUACGAAACGUCUGAAGAUAGCUGCGCACGAUUGCUGGAGAAAAUUUAGGAACUGGUCAACUGGCAAGAACACAGAGCCAUGGGCCAAAGAGAAUCUCAUCCAGAAUCCGUACCGCAUCCUGAACUCCUCAAUCGUUUCUCUCCCCAAGAAACGCCAACCUCGUUUCAGGAAGCUCUCGAGAGCGCUCAAGUUAGAAGAAAGGACAAUUGGCACAGAGUGCACAAGGAAAGCGAGACGGGACAGCAAGAUGUCCAUCGGCGAGCAGCCUAAACGGCGCAAGUCGAGCUUGUUCCUUGAUGUUUAUUCAUCAGACUUUCCAGACAGUCCCCUUCGCGAUUAUGUGGUAGCGUAGGCGACAGCGUCGCUCGGUCGGAAUUGGCACCUAUGGGUAGACAUAGCGGUGAUUUCGGAGCUUAUAAUGCCACGAAGCCAAUGCAGUUUUUUUUUAUCAAGAUGACAUA